UGAGAUAUUGUUGGGGAUUACUUCCGGGCAAAGAAGACAGUGAACCUGAAAAUUAGUUUUAGUGUUUCAAUAUUAGUCUUUGUGUGGGAAAGUUAACAUUCUUAUGAUAACUUAACAUUGACAGACUAUCUUACACAAAGGACGUCAAAAACAUGAUAUUUAUAAGGCAUAACUAUAGAUGACUCAGAUAUUUUUUGUGGUGACGAAUUUUUCAUGAUAACGUUACUUGGACUUAAAUAGUAUAAACUUCCGUGUGUUGAGCUGAUUUCGAAAACACCGCGGUAACUUUAAUACAUUUCUAUACUAUUAUCUUCAGACCCUGAUGAAGUUAAUUAAAUAACCUGAAUUCCAAUUUUGACUGUAUGAGUACAACAGUGAUAGAAUCCGACGAUUCCGCCGGGGAAACCAGGCCACUAAUGUCUACCGGGACAGCCUACUCGGGUAGGAGGAGCCAACCCGUUACCCGGGAUCAGUACGAGAACUUUGAUGACGGUCGUACCAGGGAUAACCAGGGAAAUGGCAUUGGAAUGGAUGUUAAUCAUGAGGAUGAAGCAGAUGAAACCAGAGCAGAGAUUCGUCCUGCACGGCAGCCUCAGAGAAGGCGUGGCACGAGUGGUGAAGGGGAAGAAGAUGAAGAUGAAGUGAUGCUGUAUGGAGCUAAACAUGUCAUCAUGUUAUUUGCUCCUGUCACUGUGUGUAUGAUAGUAGUAGUUGCCUCCAUCAGCUCCGUCACCUUCUACACGAAGAAGUCGGGCUAUUUAAUCUAUACUCCAUUCCAUGACGGUGACAAGCCUGACUCCACUACAGGCACAAAAGUAUGGCAGUCAUUAGCUAAUGCCAUGAUUCUCCUGGGGGUUGUCAUUGUCAUGACAAUCUUCCUGCUCCUUCUCUAUAAAUACCGGUGCUACAAGGUCAUACAUGGCUGGCUGGUGGGCUCGUCUCUUAUGCUGUUGUUUCUAUUCUCCUAUCUCUACAUUGAAGUGGUGCUGCAGGCGUACAACGUACCGAUAGACUACAUCACCGUGGCCUUGCUGAUCUGGAACUUUGGCGUGAUGGGGAUGAUAUGUAUCCACUGGAAGGGUCCCCUCAUCCUCCAACAGGCCUACCUCAUCAUCAUCUCAGCCCUCAUGUCCCUUAUCUUCAUCAAGUACCUACCUGAUUGGACCACCUGGGUCCUACUAGGGGUUAUGGUCAUCUGGGACCUGGUGGCUGUACUUUGCCCAAAGGGACCAUUGAGGAUGCUUGUGGAGACUGCCCAGAAGAGGAAUGAACCAAUAUUUCCUGCACUAAUAUACUCAUCUACCAUGAUCUGGACUGUGGGUAUUGGUAUGGCAGAGGGAAACCCUAAGAAGAAGAAAAAGUCAAAGAAAUCAAAGAAAGACACACAAACAGAUGCAGCUACAGGUGGAGCCAGUCUAGCUGUAGACAAUGGAUCUGAUGAUGAUGAUGAUAGUGGAUUCACAAGAAAUUCAGCACAUGAACAAGUCCUGGCCAGGAAUAGUACAGACUCUGCAGAGGCUCGGAAUGCAGUAGCAGCACUGGCUGAUAGACCCACACAACCAGCUACAGCUCGACCAUCACGACAAGCUGCCCCCAGUAACUCUCGCGACUCACAGGCCUCGGCUCAACAGGACGAGGAACGGGGAAUAAAGCUUGGUUUGGGAGACUUCAUCUUCUACAGCGUGUUGGUGGGAAAGGCCUCCUCUUACGGAGACUGGAACACCACUCUGGCCUGUUUUGUUGCCAUUCUUAUCGGGCUGUGUUUCACUCUACUGUUGCUGGCGAUAUUUAAGAAAGCUCUUCCAGCCCUUCCCAUAUCCAUAACCUUUGGAUUGAUAUUCAAUUUUGCAACAAGUGAAAUAAUGGCACCAUUUUUGGACCGUCUAGCUUCAGGACAGGUGUAUGUAUAGUGCUAGCCUGUGGGUAUAGUUCUGAUUACUUACCUGUAAGUGUGUGUAGUUCUGAUUACUUACCUGUAAGUGUGUGUAGUUCUGAUUACUUACCUGUAAGUGUGUGUAGUUCUGAUUACUUCACUUAUCGGUAAUGUGAAGAAAUGAUAACUGCAAAGUGUGUACAAUAAUGUUCUAACUACAUGCGGGACCAUGUAUGUUUUGUAGAUUUACACAUAAAUGCAAAUGUGUCUAUUUUUGUUCUUAAUUGUAUAUGAAUCAAUGUAAAGGCAAAUCCUUUCAAACAUGCUUGUUGUUUUCAGCUUGAUAUGUUCAGUAGUUACUGUUCAUCAACAUACAGACUGAGUUUAACUAUGUUUUACAUGAUCAAAUAUGUGGAUUUUUUUCAUCAGUGUUCAUUAAUUGUGCUCUGAGUUCAGGUGUCAUAUAACAUUUGGAACAGGAUGUGGUUAAAAUUUGUCGAAAGAUGUUAAAGUGGAAAAUAAAUUUUGAAUGAUAAUUCUGAUAAACCCCCGAUACAUCUCCACGAAUUCGUCUCUGUUUAUUAUAUCUUUGUUUUGUGUUAGUCAUAUUGAUGUUGUACUUGUUUAAUGUGAUGUACAGUCAAACCUGCCCCUGUAACCACCUCCAUUUGGAAUCCCGGAGGGGGGUCUCUUAAUGCAUGUUUGACCAUACUAGGUCACGACUGCCUUCUUGUCAAGGAUGUUCUUGAGGUGUCCUUCAGAUAGGUAUUCAACUAUGUGAGAUUAUGAUAAUGCUCCUUAAUUUAAUUAAAAAAUAGGAAUUUGUUUCAAUGUUGACAGUGAUCUUGAUGUUAUAACGUCUUGACAACUGUUGUGUUGAACAUUUUAAGUUCUUUGUGUACCAUAAUGUUUAAGAUUAUAUAUAUUUAAUUUUCUGCAAGGUUUCUUUGAAUGUAAUGUAACUAUCUAACUAGGGAACUAUACACCAGGACAAGUCACAAGGUGCUACCUGAGAACUGAUGAGAUGUUAAGAGAUUGUUCAGUACACAGGUAAAAUUUAGUACAAUAUUAAGCUUAUUGGUGCAGAAUUAAGAUCAGGUCUUUCCUAUGUUCCUUCAUACAUACACAUUGACUUUGUGAGACAAGCACAAUGAAAGCAUGUCACCAGUUCAUACACAUCAUGGGAAAUAGGUACUGUGCCUGAUGUAUCUUUCACAGGAAAGAAUAGAAAACAAAAGUCAUUUUUACAUUUAUUAAGAAAUUUAUUGCUGAUUUUUUUAUUGUCAGGUAUGUUUAGGACUUCUGCCUUAUGUCAUGUUUGCUUAAGGCCUGAAUGUUCAGUAACUUACAUGGCAUGAUGAGGGAAGCAAGCCUCGUGCAAAAAAAUAAGUUAACUGUAAAUUGGUGCAUCUAAAAUUUUACUGAGGUUCAUUUCUCAUCAUUUGCCCACAUAAGAUUUUUUGUUUCUUUUUCGUCUUUGGUGCAACAUUACUAAAUCAGUCAUGUUUUGAAUGCCGGUAUCAUAAAUAAAUUCGUAGAUUUUUCAUCAUUAAACCUUAUAAAUUGAAGGGGAAACAAAUUGGAAAUGUAAAUAUUGUAAUUUAAUUAAGGUAAACAUGGAAAAUAUCACAAGUAGAAAUUUUCGCGUUUCAAAUGUUCAAAUUGAUUGAAGUGUGGACAUUUUUGCGCUGGGAAAGAUCCUGAAAUAUUUAUCUAUAAUAUAUAUAUAUACGCAUGUGAAUAAUUUGGGUUAUUUUAAUAAAUGCGAAUAUUGUGAAUAACUUUUACAGCAGUCAUCGUUAUCAGUAUCAAAUUAUAUAAUGCUUCAAUUUGCUGCUUAAAAUAUUUUUGCUGCUACAUCAUAUGUUCCAUACGUAGAUUUUGUUGGAUAUUUGUUACACAGCAUUGAAUGUUUGUACAUACAAUGUAUAUUACAUCAUGGUAUCCACAUUACAUCAUGGUGUCCACAUUGAGAUUUUGUUUAGUGAUACAUGUAAUUAAUAUGACCUGGUUAUGUAAACUGUCUGGUGUAAAUAUGGUUUACAUUACAUUUUAGAUAUUAGCAAAACAGUUAAGAGAUUUUUGACAUAUACAAAAGCGAGAUCAUUUGUUGUUGAAAAAAUAUCUGAAGUAAUAAAUGCAACAAUAAAAUAUAAAUAAUACACACAAUAUUUCUCAUUAUUAAAUGCUAGUGACAAUAAAUCAUGACAUUUAAGUUGUAAUAAAAAUGAUGGAGUCUCCUACCA